CAAAAGAUGUCCAGGUUCAAUGUACAUCUUUCCAGACUGAUAUUACAUAACCAUGUCACCACUGAGCUCAUAUUGUACCUAGAAAACAAGCUUUUUCAAGGUUUAACCAAAAGUACUCUCCGCCAUGGGAGAGGUAGAUGAAGCUUUCAUUCAAGCAGUUGAACACAGGCCUAAACUAGCCAUUACUGAAGCUGAAGGGAUACCACUGAUCAACCUCUCAAUUUCAAACUCAAAUUCUAUUGAAACUCUGGUAGAGGAGAUUGGGGAUGCAUGCAAGAACUGGGGUUUUUUCCAAGUUAUCAACCACGGGGUGCCCUUUGAAAAUAGAGAAAAACUUGAGUUGGCAUCAAGAAAGUUCUUUGCACGGGCGACGGAGGAGAAGCUGAAGGUUAGGAGGGAUGAGGUGAAUCCACUGGGUUACUAUGACACUGAGCUGACCAAGAAUGUUAGGGACUGGAAAGAGGUGUUUGAUCUGGCGGUGAAGAACCCGACCGUUAUACCGACUUCACCUGAGGCCGGUGAUAAUGGACUCCAGGAGUUGGUUAAUCGGUGGCCUGAGUACCCUUCUGAAUUGAGGGUGGCAUAUGAAGAAUAUACAAAGGAAAUGGAGAAAUUGGCUUACAAACUGCUGGAACUCAUCUCUCUCAGCUUAGGCUUGCCAGCAAACCGGUUAAGUGGAUUCUUCAACAACCAUACCAGCUUUUCCAGGCUAAAUCACUACCCAUCUUGUCCAAUUCCUAACCUAGCUUUGGGUGUCGGCCGUCACAAGGACGGUGGAGCCUUAAUCAUUCUUGCACAAGAUGAUGUGGGAGGACUCCAAGUGAAGAGGAAAACGGAUGGGGAGUGGGUUCAGGUCAGACCCACUCCCCAUGCUUACAUUGUGAAUGUUGGUGACAUCAUUCAGGUAUGGAGCAAUGAAAGAUACGAGAGUGUCGAGCAUAGGGUAAUGGUGAACUCAGAGAAGGAAAGAUUCUCAAUGCGAUUCUCCUUCAAUCCAAACCAUGAUGUGAUGGUGGAGCCCUUAGAGGAGCUGAUAACAGAGCAAAACCCGGCCAAGUACAGGGCAUACAACUGGGGGAAGUUCUUUGCUAACAGAAGGCGCAGUAAUUUCAAGAAGCUUGGUGUUGAGAACAUCCAAAUUAGUCAUUUCAAGAUCACAGAGGAAUGAUGUUGUUAAUGGAUUUUUGUAUCCUUUUCCAGACAGUAAAAGAAUGAGUUGUUGUUAUGUUUUUUUUUUUUGAUCCCCAGUAAGUUGUUAUGCUUAAUUCUAGUUUUCUCCAAUAAGUAUACAAUGCUUUGUGUAAAAGGGAAGUACUUUAGUUGUUAUGAUAUAGGAGUACUCUGCAUGCAGGAGAUCCAACUUACAAAUGUAUUAGAAUAAAAGGGUAAAAUUACAUUGAAUUCUCCUUGGAUCUUGAGGUACCGGAACGUCGAGUGUGGUUUCAAUAUAUAUAUUAUUUAAGCCGAUGUUCGGAUC